CUCUCAGCCAUCCUUUCUCCUGCUUCAGGUGUCAAGUGUGGGGGCGUGCUGUCCGCGCCAUCCGGAAAUUUCUCCAGCCCGAACUUUCCGAGUCUGUAUCCCUACGACACAGAGUGCAGUUGGCUCAUCGUGGUGGCCGAAGGCUCGUCCGUGCUGCUUACCUUCCACGCCUUUGACCUGGAGUACCACGACACCUGUGCCUUCGACUUCCUGGAGAUCUACAACGGGGCCUCUGGGGAGCAGGGCAAUCUGCUGGGCAGGUUCUGUGGCCAGGCGCCCCCGCCACCCUUUACUUCCUCCUGGCACGUCAUGUCUGUCGUCUUCCACUCAGACAAGCACGUGGCUAGCCGAGGCUUUUCUGCAGGCUACCAGAAAGAUGUGUGCGGUGGUGUCCUGACCGGCCUGUCAGGGGUCCUCAGCAGCCCCGAGUACCCCAACAACUACCCCAACAAUGUGGAGUGCCACUGGCUGAUCCGUGCCUCGGGACCUGCUGCUGUCAAGCUGGUGUUCGUGGACUUCCAGGUCGAGGGCAGCAACGAAUGCACGUAUGACUACGUGGUUGUGCUCGGAGCGCCUGGCCCUGCCCACGGGCACCACUACUGUGGCCGCACCAGACCCCCCACCCUUGUGUCCCUGGGCCACGAGUUGCAGGUGGUCUUCAAGUCUGACUUCAACAUUGGAGGCCGGGGCUUCAAGGCCCACUACUUCUCAGGAGAAUGCCAGGAGGUGUUCACGGCCGUGCGUGGAAACUUCUCCAGCCCACAGUACCCUGGCGCCUACCCCAACAAUAUCCGCUGCCACUGGACCAUCCGCCUGCCCCCUGGCUACCGGGUCAAGGUCUUCAUCCUGGACCUGGGCUUAGAGGAGCCCAACAGCCUAACCAGAGCCUGUGACUUCGACCAUCUGGCAGCCUUUGAUGGGGCCAGCGAGGAGGCGCGGCUGCUGGGGAAGUGGUGCGGGCAUCACCUGCCGCCGCCUGUCACCUCAAGUCACAACCAGCUCCUGCUUCUACUGCACACUGACCGCAGCACCUCCGGCAGGGGCUUCUCCGUGGCCUACAUUGGAGUGGUGCCCAUGAAUGUGACCUGUUCUCGCACGGACUUCCAGAUCCUAAUCUCUGCCCAGGUGCUGGCCCCCCUGGAGCGGACCAAGGUCUACCUGGGUAGCCGGAACUGUGCAGCCCAGGAAGUUGGUGGUAACUUCCGGAUCCAGGCCCGCUUUGAUACCUGCGGUACCGAGUCUCAGAGAAGAAAUAACACCUCCAUGAUCGUCAGCGUGUUGUACAUCGACUUCUCCGCUGCGGGACACAACGACAUCCACGAGUAUGAGGUGCGCUGUGAGCCGAGGCGCAAGGAGGCAUCCGCCCACCUGCUGUCAGGUUCUGAUCUGCUCGGGCCCUACGCUGCCACAGCUGAGCAUCUUCAGGAGGCGCCACCUGGAGAUGAGGCAGAGGUCCCGGAGGGCCCAGGAACCAUGGUGACCCAGGACACCAGUGACGUCGUCUUCCUGGGCCUCUGCAUUCUAGCCGGAGUCCUUAUGAUCAUUGCCAUUGUGGUCCUGAUGCUGCUGUGAGCAGGUCAAGAGCAGCUUGGGCACCCACAGCAGGGCAGGGUGGGGCUUGUGGACUUGUUGGUGGCCAUGGGCACAUCGUGUUCCUCUCUGAGCCCAUUUCCUAGGGAUCACUGCUCUGCCCUGCUCCUCACAGGGCUCAGAGAAAAGUGUGUGUGUGGGGGGGUAAAGA